AUGCUCGCCCAUGGGGCGCAUGUUUUCUCCCAUCAGCAGCAGUAUAACCCUCAGAAUGAGCAAUCAUGGAUGCACCAGCAAAAUCAUCAUCAGCAUGCACAACAGGCUGCAGCUGCUGCAUCUGCUGCGCAGCAACAGCACUACAACCGAAUUGCGGCAAACCAUAACCUUCCAAGCUCAGCUACGGCAUCAGGACAUGGUCAGGAUUCAAGCAUGAUGGACAAUGUGACGGAAGAAAAUAGGAGAACGCUCGCAUUUAUAGCCGACUUGCUGGGCGAAGACACAAGAGAAGCUGCACUCUUAGAACUAAGUAAAAAGAGAGAACAGGUUCCCGAACUCGCGUUGAUUCUAUGGCACUCGUUUGGUGUCAUGACAUCUCUUCUCCAAGAAAUUAUCUCCGUAUAUACAUUACUUAACCCUUCGCAACUAACAGCAGCUGCGUCAAACCGUGUGUGCAAUGCUCUAGCCCUCCUUCAAUGUGUUGCAUCUCAUAAUGAGACCAGGGCACUUUUCCUCAAUGCGCAUAUACCACUCUUUCUAUACCCUUUCCUCAAUACUACCUCUAAAUCUAGACCUUUUGAGUAUCUCAGAUUAACAUCGCUCGGUGUAAUUGGUGCACUCGUUAAGAAUGAUUCAUCUGACGUCAUCAACUUUCUACUCACCACAGAAAUAAUUCCACUCUGCCUAAGAAUUAUGGAAACAGGGUCAGAGCUCAGUAAAACAGUGGCAAUAUUUAUAGUACAGAAAAUUCUUCUUGAUGAUCAUGGGCUAAAUUACAUAUGUGCAACCUAUGAGCGUUUUUAUGCCGUUGGAACAGUUCUGAGCAACAUGGUGUCCCAACUAGUCGAGCAACAGACCGCAAGGUUGCUGAAGCAUGUUGUGCGCUGCUUCCUUCGGCUCAGUGAUAAUGCUCGUGCUCGGGAAGCAUUACGACAAUGUCUUCCAGAACCCCUUCGAGACGCUACUUUUUCUUCGGUGCUUAGAGAUGAUGCAGCCACAAAACGAUGCCUGGCACAGCUCCUUAUAAACCUUUCGGAUAAUGUUGUAGAGUCCUCUGGAAACCAUCAAGGCAUUUGA